GUCACCCAAGACCACACUCAUCUCCCAUCUCCAUCGUUUUUGCAUCGCAAUAUUAUUAUUAUUUUACAACAAAAUGCGGAGCCAGCAGUUUCUGUUGGUGGCCAUUGUGGCCUGCUUUCUGGUGGCCAUAAAGUCCACGCCCCUAAGUGACAUAUCGGAUUCGGAUGAAUCAACUGCGGUGGACGAGAAACCACAGAAGAGUCGAGACGAUGACAGUGAUUUCGAGGGGUUCCCCUUCAAGGAUGACGAUGAAUCGCUGCAGGACUCCUCGCGGGAGCUGUCUAUGCAGGAUCACAACUGGGAUGUCCUGAUCUUCACGCAACAGUGGCCGGUGACAACCUGCUAUCACUGGCGCGAGGAUAAUCCCGACCAGGAGUGCACUUUGCCGCAAAAGAAGGAGUUCUGGACCAUCCACGGCAUCUGGCCCACGAAACUCCACCAAAUCGGUCCCAAUUUCUGCAAUAACUCCGCCAGCUUUAGCCCGGACAAACUCAGUCCCAUCGAGGAUCGCUUGGAGACCUUCUGGCCGGAUCUGAAGGGCGUCGAUUCCACGGAAUGGCUGUGGAAACACGAGUGGCAGAAGCACGGUACCUGUGCCAUGCUUAUCGAGGAGCUGGACAACGAACUCAAGUACUUCGAGCAGGGACUCACAUGGCGGGAGGAGUACAUCAUGUCGCGCAUCCUGGACGCCUCCGACAUCCAUCCCGAUUCCAAUAACACGGUGGCGGCCAUCAAUAAUGCCAUAGUCAAGGCGCUGGGCAAGAAUCCCUCGAUCCAUUGCGUGUACGAUGGCAAGCACGGCAUCAGUUAUCUGUCGGAGAUUCGGAUUUGCUUCAGCAAAUCCCUGGAGCUCAUCGACUGCGAUGGCGUCAAGCAGGGCGAUGCAGUGCCCGUUGGCGUUCCCGGUGGCACCAUCAUCACCAAUUGCCAUAUCGGGAGCCUGGUGCAUUACCCCAGCUUGGUGCCACCGCUGCAGAGGAAAAGCAAUUGGAAGUUACCGCUCGUGAAUGUCUACAAAUUGCUGCAGUUCCUCAUGUGGUUCACCCUGUAAGCAAGCGGCAACUUUUUAUAACGCAAUUACUUCCAGGCGCGCCUUAAGAGGACUCCACUAUUGUUUGAUGCUUCCACUGACUUGAUCUACUGGAGAUUCGGAGCUUAACAAUCAUACGUUUUUAAUUAGCUGCAAAUCUAGUAAAUUUAAAGAAAGAGGUCAUAUUUUAUAUUAUUGCUACUAAUUCGAUGGUAUUAUUUGAAGUGUACAAAAUUGGUUACGAAGCCCAUUUGAAACUAGCAAUAUCAUCUAAUAUCACACUUAUUAUUUUAUAAGUUCACCUUUGUUGGCAUUGCCCGUGUUUAUUCAUAUAUUGACUUAAAAAUGUUGGGAUUUUUUUCGAUUAAAAGACAAAAUAUGUACUUUUAAAUACAUAUGAAUGUACUGUGAAUUUAAUUAAAUGAGUUAACAAAAUGUAAUUACAAUUUACUUUAUAGUUUUCACAAGCAAAAAUUAUUCUUUAGACCAAUGUGAAAUUAAUUUUGAUUUGAAUCCUCAUCACAAACGAGUGACUUCCGGCUGUACUAUCUUUUUGUGUCUCUAACUAGUUGCUAAGCUCACAUUUGUUUAAUUAAAACACAUCGAAUAUA